CCGCCACGCGCUCUCGUGUGUCUUCAACACUCCCGCCACACACGCCCACUCCUUCUUUUUCUUUUUUUUUUCUUUCUUCCUUAAACGCCUUACAACCUACGCUCUUUCUUUUUUCAUCUCUAGCUCUCUCUGUCUCUGUGUUUUUGUCUUAAUUUCCUCGAAAAUUCUACGAUUCAUUUCAUCUGUACUAUUUAUUUAUAUAUAAAGAAAGGUUGUUAGGGACCGUUUUCUUGUGGAACUGUUUGUGGGUUUGACUUGUAGACUUCCUGGCCUUUGGUUUCUUUUUGAUCUCCAGGGGAUUGAUCCUUAGCUGGAUUUUAAUUUAUUGGGACUAGCAUGAGUUCAGAGGCUCAAAGUCCAUUGGUGGACAAGGUCAAUGUGGUGGCGGAGGACUCCACAGACAGGGAUUGUCCUGGCAAAAAGAAUAAGGGGAAAGUUCCUAAAAGAAUACAAAAAGCUGAGAGGGAGAAAUUGAAGCGUGAACAUUUGAAUGAUCUUUUUCUUGACCUGGCCGGUGCUCUUGAACUGACCCAACAGAACAGUGGAAAGGCCUCUGUACUUUGUGAAGCUACUCGACUGUUGAGGGACUUGUUAAGCCAGAUUGAGUGCCUCAAAAAGGAGCAUGCAUCUCUCUUGUCUGAAUCUAACUAUGUGACCGUUGAGAAGAAUGAGCUGAGGGAGGAGAAUUCUGCCCUAGAAAUCGAGAUUGAAAAACUGCAAAGUGAACUAGAAGAGAGAAUAGCCCAAUCUAAACCCGACUUGAACGUACCACCUCCCGAAUUUCAGCAACCAGAACUGACGUCACAUUUCCCGGGAGACUGUGUCAGAUUGCCUGCUGUAGAACCCUCAUCACAGCAAGUACCUGCUGUCUUUGUCCUCCCCAUUCGUCCAGAGGCAUUGCCUGAUGUUACCCAGCAGACACUUAAGCCCAACUCAAAUGUGAGCAAACCACAUGCCAGGUAUCCCACUCCAAUGGAUUCAUGGCCAUCCCAACUUCUUGGGGAGCAACCAACAGCAAGGAAGGAAUUUUAACUUAGUGGAAGCAAUUCCAAAACUGGGGAAGGUGGCCUUGAAAGCAUUUAAAACUUUGAGGGUGCUCACUAGUCUGUAGCUUAGCAGUUCCUCAUUAUUUUUGGGGGGGUUAAUUGGUCAUGCAUUAGGAGGUUUGUGUAUCAAUAUAGAGAGCGGUUAUUAAUAGUGUCCUUAAUGUGGUAGUGGCUAAUGUUUGAUGUCUGGCCACAGCAGGUGGUGGCUCCUCACCAAUGCAUUAUAAUUAGAAAAAGUUAUAACAUAGUGGGGUUUACUCAUUAUUUGUUAA